AGGUCGUCCAUUUUGAGCAAAAGCUGUCAAAUUUUCCCGCCAUGUCCGUGUCACGCGUUUCGUUGUUCGUCGUGGUGGCGCUGCUGUACAUGGAAUGCUGCCAUACAGCCUCGAUCCCCAGGAACUACGAAGGUCGCCUGUCCGAGGAGAUGCUGAUGACACCCAAGAAGAGACCCUUCUGCAAUGCUUUCACUGGCUGUGGUCGCAAGAGGUCCCAACAGGCUCCAGGCAUGCCUGCUCAAGAACUGAUGAGGCAGAAACAGUACAUGGAUGAUGAGACCCUCGGCUCUCUCCUCGACUCAGAAACCGCCAUUGAAGAAUUAUCCAGGCAAAUUCUGUCCGAAGCCAAGCUCUGGGAAGCAAUCCAAGAAGCCAGCGCCGAAAUCGCACGACGAAAACAAAAAGAAUCAUAUUAAAUCGAUUACAACGAAAUAUCGAUACCGUAGCGUUUCAAAUCGAUUACUAAUUUUAAAAUAAUCGUUAUACAUUCCCGUUUACUCGACUAUGGUUUGGUUUGGGGUUGCUAGUUGAGAAAAUUGUUUCUGUUUUUGGUAGAUUUUUUGGUAGUUUUUGUUGGUGGUUGAGUAGGAACGGAUUGUUGAUUUAUAUAGUUUUUAUGUACAUGAAAUUAAUCAUUUUUGUUAAUUUUUCUUCCGAAAAUAAUUCUGCAUGUAUUAAGAUUUAAACAACAAUGAAAAAGCCUACAUUAUUUAAUUUUAUGACAUCAAUAUAUUUCGCUCAAUUGUUUAGCAAAGUAUUUGACAUUGGAGAUUUUAAACAAAUAACCUUAUUUGAAACUAUUUUGAAAAUCGUAUCGGAAUGAAGAUAAAAAUCAGACAACCACCGUAGUCGAGAUUUAAUAUUUUCAAUAAAAUUACUAAAGACUUCGAAAAUUGUAAAAAUGCGAAAUAAGUA